CUCGCCUACCUCCUGGCCCAGAUGCCCCCAGCACAUAUGAAGUCCUCUCAAGGCAGACCUGGGCCCCCAGGACCCCCGGGAAAAGAUGGGCUUCCAGGCCAGGCAGGCCCCAUGGGUGAGCCAGGCCGGCCUGGCCAGGGGGGUCUGGAAGGACCCUCUGGACCAAUAGGCCCCAAAGGUGAGCGAGGAGCCAAAGGUGAUCCAGGUGCAUCUGGAGUUGGCCUCCGAGGAGAGAUGGGCCCCCCUGGAAUCCCAGGUCAACCCGGGGAACCUGGCUAUGCUAAAGAUGGACUCCCAGGGAGCCCUGGGCCGCAAGGGGAGACAGGACCAGCUGGACAUCCUGGCCCUCCAGGCCCGCCCGGCCCUCCUGGCCAGUGUGACCCAUCCCAGUGUGCUUAUUUUGCCAGCCUUGCUGCCAGGCCAAGUAAUGUGAAGGGCCCAUAGAAGAUUCUAGAAAAUCACAAGACUAUGGUGGAUUUCUGAAACUUGAAGUCGGAGCCCAGUGGGAAGCUGGAUGCCUUGAUUCACUUCCAACCCGUCUUCUUUUUCCUUUGCCUCUCGCUUCCUCUUCUUCUCUUCCUUCCCUGCCUGUCCAUCC